CGCCAUGCGCCGCCCUGUCCCCGGAACCGGCGAUCGCUCCCAGCUGACGUAUGACACAUGUGUGCUAUCCGCCGGUUCAGGCAUGGCGUGCGGCGCCACAUUAAGGCGCUCCGUGAAGUGGGACGAUCUGCACGCUCCGCAGUCCCCCAAGCGCCGGAGGUGCGACCCGCUGGCCGGUGCCGCCAGCUCCGUUGUCCGAAGGUGCACCUUCGGCCCGCCGCCUCCGGCUGGACAGCAGAGGCUGACUCCAGGUGUCUGUGACACGAGCGACCCCCCCGCCUUCACCUUGCGUCAGGUGGGCAACCUGUGUGAACAGCUGGCCAACGAGCACGAGCUGAGGGUCCGUGAGGAAUACGAGGAAAUCCUAAAUACCAAGCUCUCAGAGCAGUAUGAAUCGUUUGUGAAAUUCACGCAAGACCUAAUCAUACAGCGAUAUGGAAGCCGGCCAGCCAGUUAUGUUUCUUAAAGGCUCGAUAAUCCAACGGGUACCAGCGUCUCCUUCCAGAAUGUGCCUGCUGCUCUCAUUCCUAUUGGUUAUUGUUGUCUGAUUUGACACUGUACUGAUUCACAUUUCUAUCUGCAUCUCUUUGCUGGGAAACUCCCCUCCAUGCUCAUACUGAAACAGCUGCUUUUGCUACUGUUUUGCGAGCCAAAUGUGAAAAUAAUAUAUCCAUCGCUUCCUCUGAAAUGUCACUUUAAAAUGUGUUACCUGCUUGUAUAGUUCAAGGCUUUCUGCAUGAAACAUGUAUUCCACAAGUAACUGUAAUAAAACUAAUGGUAGAAUGGC